UCGGCGCUGUCAAUAAAGUUGUAGCGAUUUGUUGUUGUGGAGGACAACAUGGCGGCCUCCGUGCUGCGCUCGCUGCUGCGGACUUUCCGGCAGGUGGUUCCUUCUUCAGCCCCAGGCCAAGUUCGAGGUUAUUAUGUAGACUGGAGAAUGUUACGUGAUGUGAAGAGACGAAAAAUGGCUUAUGAAUAUGCAGAUGAGAGACUGCGGAUCAAUUCACUCAGGAAGAAUACCAUUUUGCCAAAAGAUCUUCAGGACGUAGCUGAUGAAGAAAUUGCUGCCCUUCCUCGGGACAGCUGUCCUGUUAGGAUCAGAAAUCGUUGUGUUAUGACGUCCCGUCCCCGUGGUGUGAAGCGGCGCUGGAGGCUUAGUCGUAUUGUCUUCCGUCACUUAGCUGACCACGGCCAACUUUCUGGGGUACAGCGAGCCAUGUGGUAAAUCAGCUCCAGAAUCUACCGAGCUUUCAGGGUAACCAGCCCCUGCCAAGAAAAGACUUUCUCAAUAAACAAAACCCUAAUUUUAUAGGGGUUCAGUUUACUUGUGUACCUUGUUUAUAACUAAAUUACUUUUAAAUUUUAUAUAAAGAAACUUGGAUGUUUCAUCAUCAGUGAAUCACAUUUUUGAUUUAAUAGUUAUACUGUUCCCACAUGCAGUAAAAUAUAGAAUUUAAAAUGUUCUAUGAAAACAUGUUAUGAUUUUCUUUUCCUAUGAGGGUUUUUGCGUUUUUAAAAGAAUGUUACUUCAUAAAGAGUUAUUUCUUACAGAUGACUUAGCCAACCAAGGGGUCAUUCAUGAAUGGCAUUUUGUAAUCUGCCUGCAGAGUUUACCUUAUAUAUUAAUUAUUGUUAGAGAAACAAUGAAUUGCAAGUAAAAGCUGGCAAAAAGAA